CGCCUGGGUCUGUGUGAGUCUGGCUCCGGGGAGGGGAGGGGCAGCGAACUCCCUGAGGCACUCUGUGGAGGGCUGACAACGCUUUCCGAAGGUUGGUGGUGGGAGUGAGGUGCGGUUCUCUCUAGCUGCGCUCCAGUGGGCUUUGUCUUCAGUCUGACUAUCAGGAAAUCAAGUGGUAGUUAAAUAGCUAUGAAGAGUCCGUACAAGGAGUUACGGUAGUUAAUUUUCCCUUAAUGCAUCCAGUCUCAUGUUAAGAGUCUGGAUGUGUGCAUGGGGGGGAAAGUGUUCCAAAAUAAGCUUAAAUUUUGCAGCUAAGUUGCUUUUGAGGGCAAUAACUAGCAAUUUUGAUUGCAAUAACUAGGCUAGAAUCAAAGUUAGAAGCGGUGGAAACAAGCCCAGUCUGUUAACUUCAUAGUGCAGGUAGGGUUGCAGCAGAUGACGGUCUGAUCUAAGCAAUCUCAGGUAGUGAAGCAUCUCAUAUGGCAGCAGAAGGAUAUGUUUACCUGGUCUGUGGCAGCACCUUGGAAUUGCUCUCGUGACCUUUGUGCAGCAGUCAGUGACAUGGUAAAGUAACAGGCACGGUAGCCAAUGGUACAGUUAAAUGAUAGGAGCUAAUAAUGUGUUUUAACAAAGUUCCGUGGGCACGGUAUGACAGUUCAACUUUCUUUGCUAGGAAGCACAGUUUCUCUUAUGAUGGCUUUCCUUGAGCCUUGAAUAUUGAAUGUAAAAUGCCCUUUCUCGCUUAGGGAAGACCAUUGGAUCUCUGUACUUUACUGAGCAAUGCUGAUUUAUACCGUCUGGAGAUCUUACCCAAAUACUGUUGUAGAACCACCUUUGGACAGGUUUUGAUAGAUCCAUUUACACAAGACAAACAUCUAAAGUGAAAGUGAAUCCAUUGGAAGAAUUCUGUAAAUAUUUUGAUGAACAUCAUUUCAUAAUACUAUAUUUGUUGGCUGAGCAAGAAGUGCUUACAGAAGAGACUAUUCUUGUGGUUUGAAAUUAAGCCAAGUCCAAAGCAGGAGUCAACAAAGCUAUGGAGGUUGAUAAAGAUGCAUUGGAUGCCCAGGUUAAGGAUAGGAAAAUUCAAGAAGCAACUGAAAAAGCACGAAAUGAAGAACUUGCUAAUGAAAUGAAGAAAAAUGACAAGUUGAUGUGUAUGUUAGAAGAACGACAAAAACGCAACAUCAGAGACGUGAACAAGGCUGUCAGUGACUUUCAGAAGAAUUUUCAGCAGCCAGAAACGAGACGUGAAUUUGAUCUAUCUGAUCCCCAGGCUCUAAAGAAGGAUAGACCUGCUCGGCUUUCAGACAAUGAUCCUCGAUGCACUGUAUCUGGCUUGCAGAAGUUUAUGGGUGAAGACUUAAACUAUGCUCAGAGGACGAAAUUUCAAAAGGAGCAGUUAAGAGAGUGGUCUCUUCAGCAACAGAGAGAUUACAAGAAUGCGUUAGCUGAUAAAAAAUUUUUAGAUGAUCUUCAUGACAAGAAUAGGAUUGAACUGGACCAAAAGAUAAUGGAACAACAACGAAUAGAAGAAGAAACCAGACGUGCUGUUUGUGCAGCUAUCAAAGACUUUAACAAAAGCCAGGCUGCUGAACUAGCUGAAAGAAAGAGGCUGGAUAAAUGUCAAAAAAUGAAAGAUGAUAUGGAUGAAAUUUCCAGCCAGCUUCAAGGAAACUUACUUUCUGAAAACCCUGAGCAAGCUAUCAGUUCCUUUGGUACACAUCGUGUGAUCACAGAUCGGUGGAAAGGAAUGAAUCAGGAUCAGCUGAUGGCAAUCCGCUCCUUUCAACAACAACAAGUUCUGGAGAAGCUGAAAUUAAAAGAGGAGGAGCGCCAAAGAGAUGCUGAAUGGGACAGGCAAAGCAUGCAGGCGGCAAGAGCACAGUUAAUUUUAGAGCGGCAUCAAGCACGACAGAAUCGGGAGUGCCGCCAAGCUCUAGACAGCAUAAAUGCACAACUAUCCCAGGAGCAGAAAUCAAAGAACAUUUAUCUUAAGGAAGAAGAAUAUUCAAAUUGUCCAACAAGUCAGUAUUUUGCACAAUUUAAUACAACCAGUCGAUGACAUUCCAGAUGCAUCAACGCAGAAAAUUAAAGCAGUUUUUAAUUGAGCUGUCCCAUUUUUUAAUGCUGAUUCCUACUGUUACUUUUCUGUUUAAAUUGUGCUGUCCAAACAGUACACUUGAAAUAGAGGACUGUCUGUUAGGUUCUAUCUGUGCUGAGAGAAACAUUUUAAUCAUUUUUGAAUUGUUUCUAAAAUUGCUAGCUGAUUUAAAAGUUAGACUGUUUGACAGUUGUGUCUCAGGCUUAACUGUAAUACUGGUGUUAUAAAAGUCAUUAGAAAUUAAUUUCUAGAAUGUGGUCAAAAUUUAAAAUAGAACGCUACUUGUUGCAGCUUGGUCAGAGAGAAUGAUACCUAAGUAGAUCACGUGAAGCACAAGUAGUAAUCUCUUACUUAGCAGGCUUAUGGGAAGAAAGAAAAGCAACGUAGACAGAAAGUUGUGAGUUUUUUGUUUCUUUGGCUGAUUUGACUGUUUUUAAAUGGGAAAAAAAAAAGUAGACAAAGAUGAUUAUCCUAUUUAUCCUGAAUUGUAGAAAGAAUAAUAGAUUACGUAGGUUGCUCUGAAAGUGACAACUCCUAUUUAUUUCCAUGAGAAGUAAAGCAGAUGCAAACAGCACAAUAACACUCCUUUGAGAGAGCACAUUCUCAGCUGCAAAACACUAUUUUUCAACGUAGCCACCACCAUUAGCUAUGCAUUUUCAUUAGUGAUGAACAAGAGCACCAACAGAGGUGACCCACUGUUUCACAGCUGCUAUGAUGGCAUCAUUGCUAGGAAAAUGUUGUCCAUGCAGUCCAUCUUUCACUGGCCCAAACAGAUGGAAGUCAGAAGGCAACAAAUCUAUAGGCUAUUUGGUAGGUGUGGAAGGAUAGUCCAGAGAAAUUUAGCAGUGUGCUCCACAGUCUUCAAACUGGUGUGGGGCCUGGUGUUACCGCGUUGCAAGAGAAAGAUUGUUUUCUCCGGCCUGAUUCUGGAAGUAAAAGCCUUUAGCUUGGGCAGUGUCAUGAUGUAGCAGUCAAAGGUGAUGAUUUGUCCACUUUCUAGGAAAUCCAGGAGAAUCAUUCCUUUCCUAUCCCAGCAGACCAUGCACAUCACUUUACCCAUUGAGAACUGCAUCUUAGACUUUUCCUUAUGUGUGGAAUUAACAUGUAUACCACCCUCUGGUUUGCCGUUUUGGCUCUGGCUUGUAGUGGUGAUGCUACAUCUUGUCACCAGUAAUGAUAUUUGCACAGUUUGCGUGGAUGAGCUGACUGAGAUACUCUUCAUUUCAAGGUGUGACAGUUGAGCAUGGCCAUUUAGAAUGUGGCCUGUCUUUCAUGCUGCUGUUGCCACUGCCAAAAUGCACCACCCACACCUGCACUGCGCUCACAAUUUCUGCAUGGAGGAAUUCAGUGACAGACCUUUGUUUCAUAUGCGCUUUCGUGUUGGAGGUUAAUUUGUCAGAUAGCCCCUCUGCUGCCAUCUGUUGCACAGCAACAAAAUGUAAUGGAAUGUUGGUGGGAAGGUUCUUUACUGCCAAACCAUCACCGUUUGCUUUGGAUGUAAUGGGCCAGUAAAUAAAACAAGGAGUGUAACUUUUGGAGCAGCCCUUGUAUACAUUUACCGAGGCAAUUAUAGCAGUCAAGCAUGAUACAGAAAUUGAAUGUGUGUUAUAGUAAGUGGGCAAAAGAAUGGGAGAAAAUAUUCCUACAUGCACCAUCACUCAUUAAAAAUAAUAGAAAAAAACUUCAAGAGAGCGUACUUGUAAAGAAGAAGGUAGGGGUAGCUUAAAGAUGUGGUGAAAGCAGGGAGAAACAGGCAGGCACCAUACAAAACCAAGGAGAAAACUCUCAGUGUAUUGCAGGGUAAUAGUUAACUGUUUUCCAUCCCUGUGAUUAAGAAUUGAUUUAGCAAGUGAAGAGCCAGUCAGGAGUCCCCAUUUUAAAAAUGGGGAACUUAAACACGUGGGAAAAAAAUAUGUAGAAGCUAGGUAAGUAGCUACAUAAGAUGGAUAUGGAGAUAAUGAAAAAUGAAAUCUAUUAGGGAAAGAGAUUACAUGCAAAGGACUGGAAAGAGUUUUAGAAGAUUUAAAAGGUCUAAAACAGAAGAGAUGUGCAUCUAAAUAUUUGGUCAUAUUCAAUUCUAAGAUCUCUGUAAGAUGGCACACUAAGUAAAAAUAGGCUGUGAGAGUAAGUGCGGUUUGCCCUAGGUUCUAUGAUGUGAACUUGCAGUAAAAGCAUCCUAAUGAUGUUGACAUGGAGUCCACUGGUCUCUGUAUUGAGGUAAGUGGUAACUGAAUUCUGGUGAAACAGGUUGAAGAUGAUUUCCACCAGCCUAACUAGGGAAAAUGUUAACUUAGAGAUAAACUUAAAUGAACUAUUACUAUCUUGAUGAAAAUAAUGAAAGAUACACAGGUUUUAAGGUAGAUAUUAGAUGGAUUUUGAGGUGCCUGAAGGAAACACUCCUUGAAAGGGACUCAGGCCAGUUUUCUGUGCUGAAGUCGUGAUCCCAUAGGAUCAGGCUGGCAUUAUUAUUGUACCAUGUUGAACCAGGUAGUAACAACACUUUGAUAAAGUCUGUAACAUUUAGUACUUCUAGAUAGGAAAGUAAAAGAAACUCAUCUAAUUACAACGUGACAAUGGGAACUGAAUAACCCACAGCAAGAAUAAAGUCCCUGUGUUAAUGAAUUGAAACUGCCUCUACUCAAUUACAAUAUAGGUAGAAACCAGCUGGGAAAGGAGUGUGGCUGGGAAACAUGAACUGAAAAAUGUGCCGUUCAGAAAAGUUGGUAGAUAAAUCUGAAAGGGAGGCAUACUGCAUCAUUAGGGAUAAGAUGAACUAAAAAGUUAAGAAGGAUCGCUUUUCAAGAGAUGCUAAUGUGUUAACAUUGGGAAAUUCUUUGAAUUGUCAGGCUGGGAUUCAGACAUGGCUUAUCUUUAUAUUAUUGUGACGUACUAUGUUGUUUUAAGCUGUCAAGCUCACCUAGUUGCCUUAAAAAAAAAAGGCCACCAAGAGAGAUGGGAGGACAGAAAAAUAGGCUUUAUUUAGCUGAAGGUAUUCUUGAUUUAUAUUGAAUAUCUCAGGCUCUGACUCUUUUCUUUUUCUUUCCUCUUUUUUUUUUUUUUUUUUUAACUUGUAUUUUAGUUAC